AUGAGUACCGAAAUCCCAAUGUCCAUGAAGGCCCUGGUCGGCAACCGCUCAAUUUUCACUCGAAUCUCAAAUUACAUUUGCAGCAAGCCCUCAGGAGACGGAAUUCAAGUUUCAACCGUCCCUAUCCCCGAGAUAAACGACAAUGAGAUCCUCGUCCGAGUACGAUGCGUCGCUCUCAAUCCAACCGAUUUCAAACAUAUCGACAUUCUCUCCCCCCGAGGAGCGAUCAUUGGUUGUGAUUAUUCAGGAAUUGUCGUAAAGAUUGGGUCGAAGGCACGUGGAUACUGGACGGUCGGUGACAGGGUAGCUGGCGUAACUCAUGGAGGACUAUAUACCGAUCGAGGCAGUUUCGCUCAGUAUCUCAAAAUCACGAGCGACCUGGCCUGGAAAGUCCCAUCGUCUGUGAGCGAUGAGGAAGCGACCACAUUUGGAGUUUCCGCUGUGACCGCUAUGCUGGCUUUGAACGUCCGGCUCGGCGUCCCUUGGAUUGACAAAGGCCCUGACAAAGGACGAUCGAACACACCAAUCCUUAUAUACUCUGGCUCCACAUCUGCUGGCCUCUAUGCUAUCCAGUUCGCAAAGCUUGCGGGCUUGAAGGUUAUUACGACGGCAUCCCCGCGUUCCCAUGACUUGGUUAAAGGAUAUGGUGCUGAUGAUGUGUUUGACUAUCGAUCACCUACCGCCAUCGAAGACAUCAUCCGGGCCUAUCCCAACAUUGAUAGAGCCAUGGACUGCUUUUCAGAGGGUGGCUCAACCGAGUUUUGUGCAAAGGUUGUUCGCAGAAGCCGUGGGUGGGUUGUCACACUGUUGGAUUCAGGGAAGACCGAGAUAGAUGGUGUGAAAGUCGACUUUUUGCUCGCUUAUUCUGUCUUCAACGAGGAGUAUCAGUGGCUUCCUCCUUUUGGCCCUAAAUUUGCCAGGAUACCUUCCGACAACCAAGCUUUACGCCGAUUCUAUGGUUCAUUGUCGGAGAUUUCUAAACAGCUCAAAGCACCACCGCUUAAAAGGAUUGAUGGUGGACUGGGAAAUUUGAGUACGGGCCUUGACUUGCUGCGUCAAGGAAAGGUUUCCGGUACUAAGCUGGUCGCAUUUCUGGAUUGA